ACUGACAAACAGACUUGAAGAACUCCUCCCUGUUAGUCUACGUAGAUGAAGGCUCCAUCAUCUGUAACCAUAGCAACCAUGUGAGCUGGCAACAGGAUACAAACACAGUCGGACCUAUCUGCGAGAAAAAAACAGACCCCAACACAGCCGUCAAAGCUGGGAUAUCAGCUGCAGUGGUAGCUGUUUUAGUGGGAUGUAUCUUUAUGCUGUACAAAUCGAUACAAAGCCAUGGCUGCAGUCAUUCUUCGGCUUUUCGUGUCUCUGCUGGGUUCAGUCGAAGGUUCAGACCUUAGAUUUGUGGCGUAUGGUUCGGACCUGCUGCUGGAUGUAAACAAAGCUGCAGUUGGCACAGAAGAUGAUUUUAAUUGGAGAUUUAAUAACACUGAUAAUAUUGUAAAAUACAAUUAUGGCAGUAAUCCCAGAGUCAGCACCAAGUAUAAACAUAGAGCAAAUUUUUUUGCAGAAAACUUCUUUUUACUAUUGAGAAAUAUGCAACACAAUGACAGUGGAAACUAUAAGGCAGUAGCAAUUGGACUAGAACAAGAAACCACUCUAGCUGAAUACACAGUCAGAGUCCAAGAUCGAGUGUCUCCAGUGAAACUAACAAUAACCCCCAAUGACCCCAGCUUCUGUAACUUCACCACAACGUGUAGAACAGUGGAUUCUCUAAUUAAUGGAACUUUUCACUGUGUCAACCAAAUCUGCCAUUUACUAAAGCAAACAGACUUGAAGGACUCCUCCCUGAUGGUCUAUGUAGAUGAAGGCUCCAUCAUCUGUAACCAUAGCAACCAUGUGAACUGGGAACAGGAUGCAAAGGCUGUUGAAUCUCUCUGUGAGAAAGAAACAGCUCACAACAGAACCACUGCAAUUGUCAGCAUUGUAAGGAUAACCUUGGUGGCAUUACUGGUUGUGGUUGGUACUUUAACUGUCAGUAUAUUAACAUGUAAAAAGAAAAGCAAACUAUUGGAAACGGUGUAUGAGGUUCCUCCUCCACAGGUGAGCAGCAAGUUCUUUCUUGUUGGGACCCAGCCAUGAAUUUCAACAUUAAACUCUGGUACGAACUCUUCUGGAACUUUUCAAAAUAAAGUGCAUUAACACUUCUUCCGGCAAAGCCAGGAAACGGGAUAACUGAGGACUUCCUGUGACGCCACUACCCAAAUAAAAGGACAGCUGUUGCUACAUCCGCAAAAAGACAUAAACUCUUCAAACUGGAUCCAAGAGUGUCAUAAGAUCAUGCAAUCAUAUGCACGAGAGGGCUGCGGCAAGUAAGCCCGCAUCUUCGUCUGCCAGGCUUGCUGCACCUCCGCCCAUGCCGUCUGCGCUCGAUCCAGCCCGGUGUUCUGAGGCAACACCUGACGAGCUGGAGCAGCGUUUGAGGUUCUGUGCACGCCAGAUAAAGAGCUUAAGGAAGACCAGCAUCAUGUAUUCCUCUCUGGAGCUGAUGGAGAGAAUCAAGCAGGUGGAGAGGGACUAUGAGACUGCAGUAACCUCUACCCCCAAUACUAGAUAAAAGUAAUUUGCAUAUUCUGUACAGCCUUAAUCAUACCAUUAGUUAGUUAUUCAUUCCUGUUAAAUAUUUGAUCAUUAUAACCAGUCGUUUGUUUUCCCAAUA